GAUUUAAAGUCGUGACAGCGGGUUUUUGCGCUGUUACCACCGCAGUUAGCAUGCUGGCUAGCACGCUAGCGCCGUUAUGACAGGGCGUUAUAACCGUAUGUGACCGUACACACAUGCCGUCAGUGCUGUGACCAGCCGCAGUCAGCCGGACAACUCCGCUGGCUUAACACACUUGUCACAUUGUGUUUUUGUUCAUAGUGACCUGCGUGGCCACUCGUACAUGUGUACAUCAUAGCAUAGCAUAGCUUGCUAACUAGCUAGCCCCAGAUACUACUAUUCAAAUCAACAAGCGCCAAAAACAGCACCGGAGAUAGCAGACACUGACAUCAGGGCAGAGCCAGGUGCAAACAAGUCAAAUAUAGUGACACGAAAGUCCCACAACUGCUGGUAGUUGAUACCGGUUAUAAAAUAAGCUAAAUCUAUUUGUUCAAUGAAGGUGUAAACAAAGCUUGUUCGCAACUUCCCUAUUUCUCCAAACCUCCAUGCUGGGUGUUUUUUUACCGGAGCACUUACAAUUUAGUUUGUCAUUAUAUAGAAAUAUGUCUGGGCUUGUUCUCGAUGAAAACAGUCACUGACAGGACACAGAUCUUAAAGAUAGUUAUGUGUUGUCGCCUGAACUUGAGGCUUGGACUUGAAGUGUGUACCUCUUGUCACAAUCCAGUUUUAAGCAGCUGAAGCAUGCUCUUGGCCCAGAUAAAUCGGGACUCGCAGGGAAUGGCAGAGUUUCACGAUGCAGACGGGCAGCCGGUCACUCUCUGUCUGACGGAGGCUGUGACGGUGGGAGAUGGAGAUCAGAUGGAGGGCAUGGACACAGUGAGCCUGCAGGCUGUCACUCUAGCAGAUGGAUCCACUGCAUACAUCCAACAUGACUCCAAAGGUUCCUUUUCGGACGGACAGAUCAUGGACGGCCAGGUGAUCCAGCUGGAGGACGGAUCUGCUGCCUACGUUCAGCAUGUGUCGAUGCCUAAAUCCGGAGGGGACAGUUUACAGCUUGAAGAUGGACAGGCAGUUCAGCUUGAAGAUGGAACAACAGCCUAUAUUCACACACCCAAAGAUACAUAUGACCAGACGGGCCUGCAGGAGGUGCAGCUGGAGGAUGGCAGCACGGCCUACAUCCAGCACACAGUGCACAUGCCCCAGUCCAACACCAUCCUGGCCAUCCAGGCUGACGGUACCAUCGCAGACCUGCAGACUGAAGGCACUGCCAUCGACCCUGAAACCAUCAGCGUCCUGGAACAGUACACCACCAAGGUGGAGAAUAUAGAAAACCCCUUAGGCCCCUUCAGUAGAGUGGAAGGAGACAAUGGCGUUCACAUGCGGAUUGUGUUACAGGGUCAAGACAACAGGCAAGCAAGAGUCACAAAUGUAGGAGAAAAAUCUUUCCGCUGUGAAUACGAGGGGUGUGGUAAACUCUACACCACUGCCCAUCAUCUCAAGGUACACGAACGCUCCCACACCGGAGACAAACCAUAUGUCUGCGACUAUCCGGGCUGUGGGAAGAAGUUUGCUACAGGGUAUGGACUGAAGAGUCACUCACGCACACAUACAGGGGAGAAGCCAUAUAGAUGUCAGGAGAUGAACUGCUGCAAGUCCUUCAAAACCUCCGGUGACCUUCAGAAGCAUACACGGACUCAUACAGGAGAGAAGCCUUUUAAAUGCCCAGUCGAAGGCUGUGGCAGAUCGUUUACCACCUCCAACAUACGUAAAGUUCACAUCCGAACACAUACCGGUGAGCGGCCAUACUACUGCUCGGAGCCAACUUGUGGACGGUCCUUUGCUAGUGCCACCAACUACAAGAACCACAUGAGGAUUCACACCGGGGAGAAACCAUAUGUGUGCACAGUGCCUGGGUGUGAAAAGCGCUUCACAGAAUACUCCAGCCUUUACAAACAUCAUGUUGUUCAUACGCCCUGCAAACCUUACAACUGCAACCACUGUGGGAAAACCUACAAACAGAUCUCCACACUCGCCAUGCACAAACGCACAGCCCACAAUGACACUGAGCCCAUCGAGGAGGAACAGGAGACAUACUUUGAACCACCAACAGAUGCUAUUGAUGACCCUAACGUGAGUUACUCAGCUACAGUGGUUGAGGCAGAUGACUCUGGCUCAGAGCAGCUUACAGUGGAGAACUCCGAUAUGGUUUGUCAGCAGCACAUCGCCUUGGUAACGCAGGAGGACGGGACACAACAACAGGUCAGUAUCUCUGAAGCAGACUUACAAGCUAUGGGUGGCACAAUAACCAUGGUAACCCAAGAAGGCACAACCAUAACCAUCCCAGCCCACGAACUAGCAACACAAGGUUCUCACUCGGUUACCAUGGUAACAACAGACGGCUCCGAUGAACAGGUGACCAUCAUGACACCCGACAUGUCCUCGUUCCAAACGGUGGAGGAGGCCGGCUACAGCCAAGAACACGAUGGAAUGCAUCCUGUCACGUUACUAGCCACCUCCAACGGCACUCACAUUGCAGUGCAGCUCAGUGAUCAGCCUUCGCUGGAGGAAGCCAUCAGAAUAGCAUCAAGGAUACAACAAGGAGAGUCACCAGGCCUGGAUGAUUGAUGGACUCAUUACGGACUAUGAUUUAGGAUCAAAACCAUCUCAUCAUGAGAAAUCAUGUCUUCCUCCAUGUUUUUUUGUUCCACAAAAGAACUUAGCUUUUAUGUGUACAUAGUAUUUUGAUAACUGGAGUUCAGCUAUGCUAUUUUGUUCCUCAGCCAAAAGAAAUAGGAGAGGAGAAAAAUGCUUUCUAAUGUUUAUGGUGCACAGUGUACACAUUGCAGUGUACAGCGAAUGCUAUUUCUAAUAAAAAAAAGUGUGAUUAA